AGGAUGGGGGCAGGAGGAAAGGAAGUCUCCCUGGACGUGUUUGAAUCCCAUCUCAAGAAGCUGCUCCACAUCAUUGACAAGCUGCCAAAGGUGGAGAGGGAGAAAGCGGUGUUGAUCCUGAGGAACUCUGCCAACCAUUACUCCAACCUGACCACAGGACAUCCUCUACAACCUCCACCAACAUGUUCUAUAUUCUCAACCUUACCUUCCUGCAAUCAGGCUCUUUCGGAGAUACCAGUAUCACAAGUCACAAAAACCUUCGAUCUAUUAAAGGAUGAAGCUCUGGGAAAACAAUCCCAGCACCCAGAGCAGUCUCAGUCACAUCUUGAGCAGUCUCAACAGCAGCUUCAGCAUCCGGAGCAGUCUCAGCAGCAACAUGGGCAGUCUCAGCACCUUGAGCAGUCUCACCAGAAUCUCCAAACUCAUCAUGCUGAGUUAGGUUCAGUUAUCCUGGAGAACCAGACUGUAGAGGACGUUAUCUCAGACAAAUCCGAGAGUCAAGCAAUCCUUGAAGAGAUAGGAGGUUUAGGAGACGAGGAUACAGGAGUACAGGAUGGAUUCAUGGAGGAUGAGGAUGAUUGGGAUCAGCAUAUUCUAGAAAUCCAAAACCAAGGACGGAUAAAUCGACCAGAUCCUUCCCUCCUCUCCGAUACCUCAAUGCAGCCUGCACGAUCUCAUCCAACAGAUUCUGUUUCUAACCAUAAUUCCGCACUUCCUAAUACCUCUGUACCCAUAUCAAACCCAGAAAACAAUUCGUCCGUCUCCGAGACUGUAAACACCAGUGUUUCUGGGUACCCGGAGUUCGAAAGAAUUGAGACUGAUGCUCCGAAUAUAGUUGAGAAGCCAGCAACUAAUAAUGAAUGCAAACUUUGUUUUAAAAGGAUGAGCGAUGUACCUGGAGUGACCUGUAAGGUUUGCCGGCUCCAAGUUUGCGGUCAACCCUGUCUUCUUGUGCACGAACAGGAAUGCUCUCAAUCCGGCGAAGUGCAGUAUUGUAGCGGGACUACCCGGACGGAUGGUAAGAAGAGUAAACAGGACUACUGGUGCAGUUUAUGUAAUAAAUAUUUUCUCACCAGCUGUACUUUGAAAACACACAUGGAGGGUCACGCUAAGAACGACUGUGAUAAGUGCAGCACACGGUGUGCCACCCGUCGUAUCCUCGUGAGUCACAUGAAGGAAGUUCAUUUCAUUAAUAUCGCGGAGAAGUACUACGCCUGUAGGUUCUGUUCAAGGAAGUUUGUGAAGAAACCGUCCUUGUGGUUUCACUACAGUACUCAUGCAACCGGAACUCAGGUGGUUUGUCACAAGUGUGGAGAGUUUCUGGAGAACCAGGAGAGCAUGGAUAAACACACAGCAAACCAUAAGAGCACGCAGUUAUCAUGUGACCGGUGCGGUGAGUUCUUUAGCAGAAGACAACAAUACAAUCUACACAUUAAAACUCAUGAUGACUACGCAUGCACACUGUGCACAAAAGCUUUUUCCUCUAAGAAGCGCUUAAGCGUACAUAAAGUAAAAGAGCAUACUUCCAAAGGAGAAAGAAAAGCCGGGAAGGGUGCUAAUACUAAUCCUCCUCAAGCUAAACCCAACGAGCAGAGAGUAGAGGAGUUGGAUGGAACGAAACCCUUGAAAUCCUUCAAGUGUGGGUUCUGUGUCUACGAGAACAAGAACUACAAGAAGGUGAUGAGACAUGAGAGGAGACACAAGAACCUCAGGAAGUUUGUCUGUGAACUCUGUGGGAACGCAUUUAACACGGAGUACACUUUGAAAGAGCAUACAGCAUACGUUCACUCUGACGAGAGAAAGUUCAAAUGCUUUAAAUGUGAAAAAUCGUUUAAAGCGAAAAAUGCUUUAAUUCGACAUGAGCAGGUUCAUACAGAACAGCGUCAGUUCCGUUGCCACUGUGGGAAGAGCUAUAAGAGACAAUCUCAUCUGAACCGACAUUUCUCCGCAUCCUCACACGGAUAUUCAACCAAGCCGGAUCCAACCCCGGAGUCUACCAUGACGGAACCUAUGCCAACCGUUGCUAUUAAACCUGAAUACUCGGGGAUAACUGCCUCUAGUGAUUUAUGGAUACAAGGCGAGGACGGGUUUGAUAAGAAAAUCUCCAGUAAUCAGUGUGAGGUCAGAGCGAGUUCGAAACUCGAGGUUAAGUCUGAAUCUCUUCUUGGAUAUCCUCCAUCCUCCUCCUCCUCCUCUUCCUCUCUGGAGUACAUGAAGAUGACUACAAAGGUCGACUCGAGGAGGAUGCAAUACAACGAGAAAGUGGAUGAGCUAGAAAAACUCAAAUAUUACAAGAUACCAAAAAAGUAUUCUUCUCCACAGAAGUACUCCUACUUCCCGGAGAAACCUUUGAGAACUGGUUUCCCGGAGUUAGGACCUGGAGCCGAAACUUACAGAGAUCCGUCCAGGAACAAUCAUCUUCAAUCUUCCAAGUAUCAGUAUGAUAAUCCUGUGAGUAAACCCCACUAUCCUCCUGUCCACAAUAAUCAGAGACAUUUUCAGUCGGAUCUCCAGGAUAGAGGAAACCAUACUAGCUCAGACAGGAUUGUUCAAAACUUCCAGGAUAAGUUCCACACUUCGGAGUAUCCGGACAAAAAUAUCCCAGAGAUGGAUAGAGAUUUCUUUGAUCGAUAUCCAGGUAAUCAUGACAAGAUGGACUACUCUUCUUCUUUACCGGAGAAAACAUAUCAGGACUUUUCGGACGACAAGAAUUACAUACUUCCUGUGGACUUGGAGGAGAGACAAAUAUCUCAGGCUGGUGGGACGGAGAAAUCUUUCCUCCCGCUGGAUGAUCGAUUCUUCCAGAGCAGUAUCCGUGAUCUAGGAUAUACUCAGGGGUUGGAGCAAAGAUUGGGAGGACCGGUAAAUCUUGUAGAUCUCCGUCCUGACUCUGUGUUCCCAGAGUCCGGACCUGCAGAUCUGACCAUUACAUCUAAGGACGUAUCCAACAAUAGAUCAGAUUCAAGAGAUUACUUCUCCGGAGUUCAUCCCUCCCUCACCUCCUCUUCCAGGCAUUCCUUUAAUAAACCCCGUCCAUCCAGUCCGCACAGCUCAGGGUCCCGAAUGUACCCAGAGUCACAACGCAACCAUUUCAUGUCUCCCCGAUCCCAACCCGACCCUUACCGAUCCUCCGAGUUGUUCCGUCCUUCGCACUCUGAUACACGGAACCAGGGGAACAACAACGAGCUGGAGGUACUUGAGGAGAACUCUUAUAGGUCCCUACAUGAUCUAGGAUACUCCAGACAGCAGCAGAAUCACUACUAUGAUCAGAUAGAUCCCUACGUGCUCCUGCCAAGGGGUGGAGGAGAUCUGGAGGAUAAUUACGACAAGAGACAUAAAUAUUAUAGACAGGAUAAAUAUCCUAGGACGGAGGAGUUAAAUCUUCUCAAUACUAGACAAGACGGAGGGAUUCUUCCUCCUCUUCUAGCUCUGAACACGUCCCUGCCGCCCGGACACAACCCUGCUCCUUCUCCUCCCAGCAUGAAACUUGAUUAUAUCUGUAGUCCUAAUGAUAAUCUGUCUUCCCAGUAUAUGCCAGAUGCAACUUUAGAUUAUUAUUAAUCUUUUCAACCAUUGUUAAUCAAUUUUCAAAAGUAACGUAUUUUUAAUUGACUCUUAAUUUUCUCAAGCCCCUCCUCGUUUUUAACAUUUCUCAAGCCCCUCCUCGUUUUUAACAUUUCUCAAGCCCCUCCUCGUUUUUAACAUUUCUCAAGCCCCUCCUCGUUUUUAACAGAAAUUUCGAAGUUGUUUUUACCACGAAUUGUUUCUACAAAAAUUGUUUGCGGAUAUUAUCUAUUGAUACUUUAUUAACGGUGUAAAUGGUAGCACCGCUUUUAAUUGGAGGUUUUCAUGGAUUAAUUCAGGUUAGGUUGAAAUUAAGUUAUAAUUAGAUCUUGUAGAUCUCACUAUUUUACACUAUAAACCAAUCCCAAAAUUGCCGAAGUUUAAGUCUAUAAUAUGUAAAGGAUUUAUUAAAAUGUAUAUUAUGUAAAGGAUUUAUUAAAGCAAUUAAUUCACCAAAAAUAUAAACAUUACUCUUUAA